AUGUCAAUGGCUGCUCGUCUUCGAUACUUUAUUAAUAGUCCGACGGGACCGAAGACUACGCAUUUUUGGGGUCCUGUUGCCAAUUGGGGCUUUGUGCUUGCUGCGAUGGCGGACAUGAAGAAACCCGCCGAUGUAAUUUCAAUCAAUAUGACGUCAGCUCUAUCGAUCUACAGUCUGAUCUUUAUGCGGUUUGCAUGGAUGGUCAAGCCUCGUAACUACCUGCUUCUUGCUUGUCAUGCCUCGAAUGAAACGGCCCAGCUCUACCAACUACAGCGUGGCUUGCGCUUUCGUGCGAGCAAAAAGGCUGCGGAGAAACAAAUGUAA